AUGGCGAAGAAGAGAAACGCACGCAACGCAUCUGUCUCCGCUGACGCCACGGACAGUGGCGCCGCCCCUGCCAACGGCGGCCUCCGGCCUGUCUUCGCCGCAUCGACGCGCACCGCCACAGCGGAGGAGGUGCUGCAUGCGGCGCUGGAACAGCUCGACUCCAUCGCGCAGGAGGCGCACGUGUACACGCAGCAGCUGAAGGCGGCCGAACUGAACGGCGCUGCGGCGGAGGCGACGUCACCGCCUUUCAAGCGCGCGCGCGACGACCCGGCGAGCGGCGAGACGCGGCUGGCCGCCUCCACUGCAGCCAAGGGCAGUCGCCUUGACGUCUUCGCCGCCAUGUCCGCCUUGCAAUAUCAAGCCCUCUGUGCAGCGGUGGCAGCCUGCGGGCUGCAACUCCUGCCGUCCCUGGAAGAGAUUCUCAAGCGGGUGGCGCUGGCUGUGCUGACGCCGUGGCUGUCCACCCCAGAGGCGUGGGAAACACUGGCGAUGCUGUGCACCACGUACCGCGCCGGUGCUGCCCACGCCUUGACUGAGCUACUGGAGAGCCUGCUGCGGGAGCCUGGGGUGCUCCUGCUGGAUGCGCCACAGCUCGUACCGGCGUGGUACGCCGAGGCUGUGGUACACGUCCUGCCUUCGGCGAUGGCGUCGAACGCGGCAACCGCAGCCCUGGGCGGCUUGCUGACACUUGCCGAGGACCAGCAGCUGCGAGAAGAGUCGGCCGAGUCUGUCCAGCAGGCGGUGCACAUCCACACUGAAAGGACGGCGCGGAAGCUGCGUGCGCUAGUGGACAUGCUCUACGCGGCCGGCGGGUAUGUGCCGACGGCUACCUUGCAGCAGAUGGCGCUGCGGCACGCGAUGGAGGUGGUGGAGGGCGGCGUGCUGCCUUGCUACCUCAGCGAGCAGGAGUACAGCGAGGCCUUCAACACAGCCUCCACGUUUCCGGGGACAGCGGCGGCGGCGGCUUCGUCGUCGUCCUUUGUAGGCGCUGCAGCGACGGCGGGGGAUUCGACCAGCGCAGCGGUGCUGCGCUGGAGUGUGCCGGCAGCCUGGCACGCAGUUAGUCUUCAGUUGCUCGAAGCCUUUCUCUUCACGUGCCGUCCCGGACUUCCAGCGCAGCUGCUGGUGACAGCGACGCGCGCCAUCAACGUCCUCGCCGCGCGCCUGCAUCGCGGAGUACCGCUGCUGAGCACAUCGCAGGAUCCGAAUUCGACGGCCGAUCCCAACCAAGAUAGGAGCAAGAAGGCCACGUCGGUGGCGUUGCCGCUUCUUCCGGCUACGGUCGCGGUCGGAGCUGCGGUGGUGCGCCUCGGUCACGUUCUGCAACUUCUCCGUCAUCCCGUCGUGCUGCCGCCGCUCCAGCCGGCGCAGUUGGUGGUGGAGAAGGCGAAGCGGCGCACGUUUGUGUCGGUAGAGCCUGCUGCCGCGCCGGUCACCUCUGCGCCUGCGGCUCCUGCUGCGCCCCCUGCAGAGACGGUGGCUGCACCGAGUGCGCGCGUGACAACGACGCCGCCGCCGCAACAGCAGCCGCAGCCCGUCGUGCCGACCGUUGCAGCACCCGCUGUGGCACCUGCACCAACCGCAGCCUUGCCUCGCACGCCGCAGCAGCAGCCUGUGAAGCCGGCGCCACCCCCGCAACCGCCCGCCGUUGUGGACAGCCCCGACGACGACAUCCCCGACAUCGUGAUGGACGACUAA